AUGUCUAUGUCUAUGUCGAGGAUCUUUGUCAAGGGACUGCCUCCCAACAUCACCGAGGCAGAGUUUCGCAGGCACUUUUCUGCCAAAAACCGCGAGAUUACCGAUGUCAAAUUGAUCCCUCAGCGUCGCAUCGGCUACGUAGGAUACAAAAAUGCGGCUGAUGCCACCGGUGCUGUCAAGUACUUCAACAGGUCCUACAUUCGUAUGUCCAAGCUGUCCGUAGAGGCUGCACGACCUAUUUCAGACCCAGCCUUGGCCAAAGGACACAAUGGCCCAACGCGCACCACAGCGCCAGGACACCAACCCGCCACCCCGCAUGCAGACCAUGACAAGGAUUCGAACGCCAAGAAGCGGAAACGGGAUGAAUCCCACGCUUCCGACCCGAAGCUGCGGGAGUUUCUGCAGGUCAUGGGGACGGGACGGGACGGUGUCAUUGCAGAUGUUUUGAUUCCCAAGGAUGCAUCAGACCCUCUCUUGGAAUCAGGGGGUGUUGUUGUGCCAGAGGGGGAAAGUGAUGAAGAAUACGAACAAAUACCCUCCAGAAAGGAGAAGUUGAGAAAGUUGCAUGCCCACCAAGACAAAACAGACGUGGCGAGAGAGAAACGGUCCAUGUCCGAGGAGAAGGCGCAAGACGGUAUCACAGCAGUGAACAGUGGGGGACAAAACGUCGUGCAAAUGGAAUCACACAUGACCGGCCACGAACCGCAAACUGUCCCAGCUACUGACGACGACUGGCUGCGAUCGCGGACCAAUAGGCUGCUGGAUCUCAUGGAUCCUGAUGACCUCUCCUCCGAGCCAGCAGCGAUACCCACAUCAGGCGACAGUUUGCAGAAACAAGACGCCAAUGGUGACAAAUCAUCGUUGCAUUCCUCAGACAAACUGGCGCCCGACGCGGCUGAACUGCCGGUGGCGAGCAAAUGCAAUGCAGAGGACGAUGCUGUGGAUGCCAUCUCUCGCACAUCUCGGCUCUUUGUCCGGAAUCUUCCCUACAGCACAACUGAGGAUGAUCUCCGAGACGCUUUCGACAAAUUUGGACCCCUUGAAGAGGUACACCUGCCCGUAACCGCUGCCGGGUCAACAAAGGGAUUUGCUCUAGUUCUUUUCGUUGCCCCGUCUGACGCGGUCAAAGCAUUCCAAGCAAUGGAUGGCGCAACCUUCCAAGGGCGUAUCAUCCACAUCCUCCCAGCCAGCCCGAAACGGGGGCAGGGAUUGGAUGAAUUUGAACUAUCCAAGCUGCCACUGAAGAAGCAGAACAUGAUGCGCAAGAAGGCCGAGGCUGCUUCCAGCAGUUUCAACUGGAACUCGCUGUACAUGAACCAGGAUGCCGUCAACGCCUCCGUUGCCAAACGGCUGGGUGUUUCUAAAUCCGAGAUGCUGGAUCCCACAUCGGCUGACAGCGCCAUCAAGCAAGCCAUUGCAGAAACUACCGUCAUUCAGGAAACAAAGGCAUACUUUGCCGCCAACGGAGUGGAUCUGGAAGCCUUUAAGUCCCAGAAGCGAGGGGACACCACCAUACUGGUCAAGAACUUUCCGUACGGCACUACGAUGGAAGAGCUUAGAAAACUCUUUGAGGAGCAUGGCCAAGUACUCAACGUGCUGAUGCCCCCCACGGGCACCAUAGCUAUUGUGCAAUUUGCGCAAGCAAACGAUGCCAAACUCGCUUUCGCCAAGCUGGCCUACAGGAGAAUCAAAGACAGUGUGCUCUUUCUGGAGAAGGGACCCAAAGACUUGUUCAAAGGUGACGCUGCUGAGCAGGCCAGCCGGAUGGUCGAUCGACAGGCGGCAGGUGUGUCAAAAUUUAGUGUUAGUGAGCUGUUGUCAAGCGGCGACAAGGCGGAAGAGGUGGAGACAACCUCACUCUUCAUCCGCAACCUAAACUUCGCCACAACCACUACCCGGCUGGCUGAAGCCUUCCAGUCUCUCGACGGAUUUGUAUCAGCAAGAGUGAAAACCAAGAUGGACCCCAAGAAAGCCGGCCAGACGCUCAGUAUGGGGUUUGGCUUCGCCGAGUUUCGCACCAAGGCCCAGGCCCAGGCAGCGAUUAAAGCCAUGGAUGGGUACGUUCUUGACGGCCACACGCUGGGAGUGAAGGCGUCGCACAAGGGCCAUGACGCUGCCGAGGAAAGAAGGCGAGAAGACCGGGCCAAGAAGGCAGCGGCGCAAAGAACAAAGAUUGUCAUAAAGAACCUGCCUUUCCAAGUGACCAAGAAAGAUGUUCGGUCGCUGCUCGGGACUUACGGCCAGCUCAGGUCUGUCCGCGUCCCGAAAAAGGCCGACAUGACUGCAAGAGGGUUUGCCUUUGCCGACUUUGUGACAGCCCGAGAAGCAGAGAAUGCACUGCACGCGUUGAAGGACACUCACCUUCUUGGCCGUCGUCUAGUACUAGACUUUGCGGAAGCGGAGGCCGUUGAUGCUGAAGAAGAGAUUGAGAAAAUGCAGCGCAAAAUAGGGCGCCAAGUGAAUACGGUGGCCCUUCAGCGAUUGACGGGCGGAGGGAGAAAGAAGGUGAAUAUCGGUAAUGACGGGGAGGAGCUCGAGGUUUAG